CUCAAUCAAGGAAGCUUUCGCGCGCUCUCGCUCUCAGAGGGGCUGCUCGUUCUCUCGAACGAGUCAUGCGCCGUUUCCGCCCGGUGUGGAUUUCGUGGGGAACUAGGACCCGUGGCGUUCAUCCACUGAUAAGGAUCUGAGGGAGGACGGAUGAACGCCCGGUUCCGGGCGGUACUUUCCGUUACGUUCAUCCCGAACAGCUGGUUGCAUCGGAAUCCGAAGGAUCGUUAUUUGGGGCCGAUCCCGUGUCCCGUGGUGGAUCGGGCUGCCCAAAAUUUUAAUCAGUCUGUCGACGGACCGCGAUGAAGUUACACGUUUUUUCGGCAAAGCUGCGUUUUUCCCACAGCAACAGCAUCAGCGCUAGCAUUCGUCGUCGUCGUCGGGUAAAACAGCGUCGUUCGGUGCCACCGUUGUCGCGUACCUCCCGUUCCGUCGCCGUCGUUGGGAGAGGCCGGGUAACCGCCGCAGCAUCCAUCCAACUUGGAAACCAAUCGAUACGGAAUUCGAUUUCGGGUCCGGGUCGAUCGUAAAGCGCGUCGCGGCGUGAAGGAUUCCGUUACGGUGACGUCGUCGUCGGUGGAGCCGUGUCGUCGUGAUGUCCGCUGGGAUGCACCUUCCUAGACUUUAACGGCGGGUGAAACUUUCUCCAGAAACGCAACGCACAUAUCGCAAAUGCUCUAAAACCUGUCAUAUCGAGAAAAGUUUUCCACCGGUUUCCCCCUCGGGAAAAUUGAAGAAUUUUCACAUAUCAAAGGGUAUCAUCUAUCGGUGGAGUGCAGGCUUGAGACGGUUUGAAGAAGAACUAAGGCGAAGAAGAGCAAGUUUUUCUCAUCGAGUUGAAGAGCUCGGUAGACUGUUUGGGCUAGACGAGUUUCCAACAAGUCAUUAUCGUCGCCGGCAAGAGGCGGAAAGGAGUGUAUCAAUGGCAAAUUGAACCGCAUUCAAGCCCUGUGGAUGCGUGUGCUUCCGUGUAGUGAAGUGUUGUUCCCCCGGAUUGCUAUUUCUGGUAGAGGAAAUACGAAACCAAAUUAGAACCGCUUAGUUCUUACGGUUGGUUGUCACGCGCGCGGAAGUGUUUUGAUUUCAAAGUGUCGUGUCCUGUUGCCGUUGUGUGCUGCGGUACGUUUGCGAACGUUUGUGCUAGACUGAUAGGCGACCCGACUUUCCCACAACCGCUUUCCCUGCACGUACUCCCCCGCUUAUUUCGUAGGAUCCAGGUCAAGAGUGCACGCCGUACUGCAGAGAGCUGGAACAUACUGCAGAACAGGCGACAGCAGCUGGGAAUUACCAUCAUCGCAUCCCCUCAGUACCAGUGCCGUGUAACAACAGCACCAACAACAACAAACAGUGUGAGAAUGUGACUCCGGCUUGGCCCGGGCCUGGAAUAUCCAAGAGACGAACGCGAAUAUUGAAUUACUUGGCGCGCGCGGAAAAACAAGUGCUCACACGUGACCUGAAUCAAUCGCCUCUGCUACUCGCGCGAUCUGUAUGUUUGGUAAACAAAUCCCCGAUCCAGCCGAGGCGGUUCGGGAGUGAAGUGGUUUUUCGUUUGUACCAAGUGGAGGAUUACACCAGCCUCGAUUCCGGUCGUUGAGGUCGGAUGUGGAAAUUUUAUUGCCCGGAGCAAUGUGAAGUGGCAGCGAUAAAUCAUUUUAGCUCAGAUGGCUGGAAUGUGAACCACAAGGGAAGCACGUGAAACGAGAACUCUGCUCCGGAGCAGAAACAGCUGAUUUUGGUGAAUUAUGUAAGAAACGCACGUCCGAUCGAAAACACCCAUCAGUUUUUGGCUGACCCUGAGGAAAACUUCUCGUCCGUCAUCGUCGGCCGUCAGCAUUUUCUUCUCUUUUGUUGGCGAAAAGAAAACCACCCGUCGCCAAAUGAGCCAGUGAAGCGUCAAUGUACCGUCGUCGUGUGCCACAAAAUAAUAGCCUCCAAAUAGGAAGAAACCUGAAACGUGACCAAAAUUUGAUACUGAUGAACAGCAGUAGUAACCACGGUGUGAAACGGGAAUCGAGGGGAAAGCAAAAAGUGCUUACUGCUGCCGGUCCGAAGAUUCCGAAGAUAAUUAGCAUAAUUGAAUAAGUGUCGUCGCCCUCGGGAGUUGAUUGGAACUGAAGUUCUGGAAGCGCAAUCUCGGUCGGCUGGUCGCUCCCCAGGACAUUCGGGGGCGUGUGAUUAGCUGCCUGCAGGGGUGUUAUUGAUUCCGUUCGAAGAGGAAAUCGGACACGGAUUUGUGGGGAAUUGGGUGGUGGCGUUCGAUGAUGUAAGCUGGGCAAGGCGAAAAUCAAUACGUUCUGUGAUAUCGUUGAGUGGCGAGGUGAAAUUUUAUGAGUUUAUCGAAGAAAACGCGGGAGAAAGUUUUAAUUGCGGAAGUUUUCGUUCGUGCGAGAGUCAAUUAAGUGGAUGUUGAUCGAAUGAGAGCUUUUUUUUAGUGAAAAGGUAUAAAAUUCAAAAUCGUUAAAUUUUAAAAGUUUUACGAGAGUUUAUUUUGAGUCGGAAGUUAUGGGGAUUUGAACUGAGACCGAGUCGAAUAUUUAUUGUUCAAUCUCUUCUAAAUUUCCAACCUGCGUUACUUAUUGUUGGAGAUUUAUCACUGAAAUUACCUACCGAAAGCAGAGAGAAACCUAAUUAAAUAAUUAAGCGAUUAACAUUAAGAGCUACCUUGUACUAGCCACGUAAGGUUCCCGAAAACAUUCAACCCUAAUUGGGUUUCCCCCGGAGUCCGGUGCUGCCCCGAGUUCAUGUAUGUGGGCACCCUGAAUUAAACCCGAGAAAAAGAAAAGUGUGUCUCCAUUAAUCAGACAACUCCCUCUAUCGCCGCCCGCCUGGAUUUAGGCAACUCAAAGCAAAAGAGGUGGAAAGUGCAAACGACCCGAAGAAAAAGUGUUAUUACUCCGAGGCACGGAAAGCUUAAUCGGUACGACGACGACAACGACGACGGGCACCCUUCGUACCACGCGGCCACGGAAGUGAGCUGAAAGUGAUUGAAUAUUCCAGCCGCGCCGUUAUCCAGCGUCGAAGCAAUUGGAGAAAAAAGUUAGUGAAAAAUUGCGCCUACCCAUAGGCAACCAGCUGGGGCCGGAGCGCCCUCAUGUAUGCCUCGAUCCGCCGUCGCUUAAUUCAAUCUCAUCAAUUUCACGUCUCGAAAGUAAAAUAAAUAGCCGGAACUCAAUCCCCGUUCGGAGAAUAAUACAAAAAAAAACUCUCGUCAAAAUGCACCACAUUGAAUAAAUAAAAUUGAUGCCCUGUUUGCUCUAUCAAUCGAUGAAUAAUUGCGGAAUAAAUUUCCCGAAACGCAGCGGCAUCGCUAUGGGUGGUCGAAAAGUUGAAAAAUCGCCGGUGCAAAUGUCGGAUUAAUCAAUUAAAGUGCAAUAUUUUUUUUCCGACACCGAGCCCGAUAAUUAAACCUCGAAUAUCCUUGCACCGAGCGAGAGAGAGAGAAAAAAGGGCCAAGGCGAUUAAUUGUGAAAAUCGUUCGAACAGGAAGUGAGUGAAACAACAAUCCAACACCGUCAUCAUCAUGGCGAUGGUAGUGUCCGGUCGGGCCAAAGCCGUCAUAGUGGCCUUCGUGUGCUUCUUUCUGCUCGGGAUCGUUCUGGUGACCGGAUCGACCCGCGGCUGGUUCGUCCCGGACCGGUACCACAACGAGCGGGUUGCCGCCAGGAUACAGUCAAGCGGAAACGACGACGAUUCGUUCGAUUUGCCGAUGAUUUCACCACCCCCGCCGGAGUACGGCUUCCGGUCCAAGGGCGAAAAAGGCGAACGGGGACCCAAGGGACCACCGGGUGACGCCAUACGAGGGCCUCCGGGGCCACCGGGUCCCCAUGGUCCACCGGGACCACCGGGGCCACCCGGGGCAGCCGGGCCCCGAGGUCCCGGCUUGCUCGACGAAGGAUCCGGCGAUGAUGCGAAGAGAUUAUCCCAGCUCUUUGACAUGCAGAACAACAACUUCCUGAACAAGUGCUACUGCAACGUGACCGAAGUGAUCGAGGAUCUCAAACGGGACAUCACCCUGCGCGAGUACCUUCGUGGUCCCGAGGGACCACAGGGUCGCGAGGGCAAAACCGGCUCACCAGGACUGACCGGAGCAACGGGGCCACCCGGUGAACGGGGUGUUGCCGGUCUGAAGGGCGACAAAGGCGACCGCGGAGAGCCCGGAUUACCCGGGGUGGAGGGUAUCCAGGGUAGCAAAGGCGAGCCCGGCUUGGAUGGCAUGCCAGGUCCAGCCGGUCUACCCGGAUCUCCAGGACCCCCGGGUAUUCCCGAGAAUUUCGAUAUGAGUUGGAAUCCAUCGCGGAUGUUCAAGGAAUCGAUGCUGGGCGCACCUGGCAUCCAAGGGCUGCGGAGUGCAUCGCCCGGGUCCAAGGGCGAACCGGGUGACAAGGGCGACGUUGGCCUACCGGGCCCCAAGGGCGAACACGGCAGCAAAGGGGAACGGGGCGAUCCGGGCCUCAUCGGUGCCAAGGGAGAAAGGGGGCACACGUCGAUUGGAGCACCGGGACCGAAAGGAUCGGUUGGUCCUCCGGGAGUUCCGGGCAUUCCCGGUCAGACCGGUUCAACCGGAACGAAAGGAGACAAAGGGAACGUCGGUGAUGUGGGUCCAGCGGGGCCACCGGGUCCACCAGGGAUGGUGGUGUAUGCGGAUGCGAAAAAUUCCAGCCGAACGGAUUGUCACUGCCAACCGGGGCCGCCGGGUCCAGCGGGACCACGGGGGCCGAGUGGAUUCGACGGAGCGCCGGGACUGCCAGGAGAAACCGGUCUUCCAGGACACCCAGGUCUACCGGGUGACAAAGGCGAGAGGGGCAGUCCCGGUCCCAAAGGAGAGAAAGGACCCGAAUUCAUCAUCAACGAAAACGCCGCAUUCAACUCUUCUCGGUCCAACAAAGGCGAAAAGGGCGAACGGGGGCCCCGCGGAAGACGUGGCAAGCCGGGUCCCAUCGGGCCACCGGGCAGACCGGCCGGUCCGAGCGACAUGGGCACCAACUCGUGGUCGGGACGACCGGGACCGAAAGGAGAUCAAGGACCAAAGGGGGACACUGGGCCCCGCGGCGAAAAAGGCGAUCGCGGCCGAGACGGAAUGGACGGCCGACCAGGCCCACCAGGUCUUCCGGCGGCAUCCGGCGACAACAUCCAGUACAUUCCGAUGCCCGGCCCACCGGGACCUCCGGGGCCACCGGGUUCCCCCGGCAUUCCGGGCGUUUCGAUAGCCGGCCCCAAGGGCGAACCGGGCAUGGAUUCACGCAGCCCCUACUACGGAGAUCCGAACUAUGGCGGACGGCAAGGGAGCCGCUCAAGCUUAGACGAACUAAAGCAACUUAGGGAACUGAAGCACCACAGAGAACUAGAAGAUAGUACGGCCGGACCGCCAGGACCCCCGGGACCACCUGGCUCACCAGGCCGCAGCUACCACCACGACAGCAGCGACGAAAUCCCCAGCAGCUACGGUUCCAAUGUGCGUAUCGUACCUGGAGCAGUCACCUUCCAGAGCACCGAAGCCAUGUCAAAGAUGUCUUCUACGAGCCCCGUCGGAACGCUUGCCUACAUAAUUGACGAGGAAGCCCUGCUGGUGCGGGUGAAUAAAGGCUGGCAGUAUAUCGCACUCGGCACACUGGUCCCGAUAGCGACGCCAGCGCCCCCAACGACAACCGUGAUACCACCGCCCCAUCGGCCCGAUCUGCAGGCCUCCAAUCUGAUCAACAACAUCCCCCAGCCAAUCGAAGGACCAUCCUUCACAGCGUCCCCGGAAUACGAAUCGUGGUAUCCCCGAAUGCUGCGGAUGGGAGCACUUAACGAACCGUACUCGGGCGAUAUCCAGGGCAUCCGCGGAGCAGACUAUGCCUGCUACCGGCAGGCACGGCGCGCAGGGCUCCUGGGAACGUUCCGGGCGUUCCUUUCGUCGAGAAUAACCAAUCUGGACACCAUCGUGCGGAUAGCGGACCGAGAGCUUCCCGUAGUGAACACCCGAGGCGAUGUGCUAUUCAACUCGUGGAAUAGCAUUUUCAACGGCCAGGGUGGCUACUUCCCGCAGACCCCGCGGAUAUACAGCUUCAGUGGGAAGAAUGUCCUCACCGACAUCAGCUGGCCCCAGAAGCUGGUGUGGCACGGUGCCAGUGCCCUCGGCGAGCGUGCGAUGGACACGUACUGCGACGCGUGGCACACGGCCUCGCCGGACAAGGUCGGCAUGGCGAGCAGCUUGCUUGGCAAUAAAUUACUAGAUCAGGACCGGUACUCGUGCGAUAAUCGGUUCAUAGUGCUGUGCGUUGAGGCGUUACCCCACGACCAGAGGCGGCGGAAACGGGACACCUAUAGUCACACGUACGAGUUCACCAAUGAGCUGGAUUACAGCCGCCAUCUUGCCGAAGUAAUGGCGCAAACGUAAGCGGGCGUAGCAUCCACAACCAUAAAGUCAAACGCAUAGUUACCCAUCCAACGGAACCACAAAACACCCGAGUCACAACAAAACAGCAUCACACGAACAAUAAAAACAAACAAUAGUCAAUAGAACCCCCACUAGUGAAUCCAUCACCCAAAAAAAAACAAGCAGAAGACGAUAAGACAAAAUGCAACCCAAGGCUGCCAAAGUACAGUGAACGAGUGAUACUACUGGUGGUGGACCUUCCGCCACAAUCGGCAAACCGGUAUCGGCAAAUAUGCGAGAGCUACACAAAAACAAUAAUCGGAUCGAUCAUGGCCUACUGCAAUAUAGUACCGUGUGUCGCUGUGUCAGUUUUACAACGGAGCAUCUGAUGGAAAUAAUGAGAUGAUUGUCAAAUUGACAACGCUGAAAGGAAGUGUUCAGUAGGAAAGGUUUUUCUAUAGGUAUUUUUCAUGAACAGCGGAAGUGAAGGCCGACCGUAAACAAUGCCAACAAUAUUGAAUAAAAAAAAGUAAAACAAAACUGGACGAUAAAACUGUACACAAUAAUGAUGAUAAGAAAUGUAGUCAAAUUAUGGUUAUUAUUAAUGUUUCGCUCCUCGCUUGUAAGCAAGAAAAAUAAAGAAUGUUUUCAAUGGAAAGUUCAAAAGCGUCGUUGCUAUGUUCCGCCCAAAAGUAUUCCACAUGAUAACAAAAAAAAAACCUUAAAGCGUAGCGUUCGGUGCUUUUGAACUUCCCAUCAAUCAAUGAUUGUAAAGAUGAAUUCUUCUUCUGCAUUUAAUAUAGUAAAAAUGAUUAUUUUCCGUGCUACCAUGUGAAUGCGAAAUGCGUGAAUGUUUGAACGAUAUAAUCGAGAAUUUUACAACCGAAAGAAAAGUAGAAAGUUUAUUUAUUCUUCCGUCUCUUCCAAGAACGAAACCUAAAUCAGUAAAGAUCUACACGUGUGUACACAAUGCAGAAGUCUCUAUAGAAUUAAGUCGAAUAUUGUGUGUAAAGAAUGAAAGAUUUUGUUAAUAGCGUUUUGAGCGAACAAAAACCAAAACCAGUGUUGUGAGAUGGAAACAAAACAUCCGUACAGUCAGUACAUUUAAACCAUUUCCAAUUGAGACAAAAAAUGAGAUUCUUCGCUUUAGAUACACCAAUCAGCAAAGUUUUCCAAAACAAUUUGAUGUCAAUUUAUUUUUCUGUUACUAUUUAGAUCGCCAGGAAACGUUGAAAUGAAAUGGAAAAAAUCAAACAAACAUGCAAAUCUGCCAAUAGAGAUGAUUCGAUUUGAACUGGAUGGUCGAAACUGUUACACAAGGAUGAGCAAAAUCAGAAUCGGUUUGGAAUAAAAAAUAUUGGAAAGCGAGUUUUAGCUAUCGAAAUAUUGCGUACUAGUUUAUAUCAUUGUUUUUAUUUGACGACAAAAAAAUAAAAGUAAAACCAAACCAGUUCAUUUAAAAAAAAAUCGAAUAACAGACAACUUGGACUAGGCGUUAAAAAUGGAGCAUAAGUCAUACAAUUAAAACAAAAGAAAAUGCUCUUUAGUGUAAUUGGCGACAGAGCCAACAAUAAGAUUUUUUUGUAAAUAAAUGAGUAAGAUCCACAUCUGGAAAAA